AUGUCUAUGCUUGCUACGGCAUCCCCUUCUCCUCACCCUUCGUCUUUCGGCAUGCCCCGUCCAUGGGAAACCAACCGAUGUCCCGACUAUUCACUCCGACCGAGGACCGAAAACGACAAAGUUGCACUUCCUUCAAUUCGACAGGCAUUCCCCGAAUUACAGCUUCAGACCCAGCCGACACGUGAUCUUAACACCAAGCCGCCAUCUACAGGGCCACCCUUAGGCGCACCACCAUUGCCCGCAGCAUCUCCUCAAUAUAUACACUCACCCAAUUCUAGCAAAAGAAGGCGGCUAUCAAUGGAGCGUGAAGUUGAAAUGGAGAGAGUCCGCCAAGUACCACGCUUGUGCUACAGUCCAGAUCGAGCUUCACCCAGACAGAUUUCACCACACCUACCUAUCCAAGGGGGAUCACAGGAGAAUUGGGCCGCUCCAACAAGGACAAGCCCUUUUCUGACAAACGGGUCAAAUUCCCACUCCGUCUCAAUGGAAGUCAGUGAGAGAACAGAGCCUCGGUCAACGCUACCCAGUCUUCCUCCACCACGUUCUUUGGAACGAGAACUACCCGUGGGCCGUGGCACAGCACCUGCAGACGGCUAUCGGCCACCUCAGCAGUCGAUGCCACAUUCACGAACUCCCAUAUCUGAGCCUGGUGUCUCACCAUACCGUGAAAACGGUUAUGGGUAUCCUUACCACCACCCGACACGAUAUCAGUCACUAUCCACAGGAUCAGCUCACUCGUAUGACCGGACACCUUUUACUCCAGGCACAUAUAACACACCUUAUCAAGAUUUCGUUCGAUUUGGAGACAUGAGCUCUGCUAGUCUUAACGGUGAUAACAAACAACGGAAGCGAAGAGGAAACUUGCCCAAAGAGACUACAGACAAGCUCAGGGCGUGGUUCGUCGCACACCUUCAACACCCAUACCCUACCGAGGACGAAAAGCAAGAUCUCAUGCGACAGACUGGACUGCAGAUGAAUCAAAUCUCAAACUGGUUCAUCAAUGCUCGACGUCGCCAAUUGCCAGCCAUGAUCAACAACGCUCGCGCCGAAACUGACGCCAUGACGGGCGCUCGAGGCGGUGACCUAAAGGUCCUCGCCACAACAGAACGGGGUGACUUUGACCACUCCAAACGAGAGCCCGCCGGACCCUUAAGUGAUAGUGAAGGCGCCACUUAUGACGAGGAACUUGAGGCGUUGAGCCAGCGCCGGCCUGGCACCAUCGGCAGGGGCAGCGUCUAA